CCGGCGAGCAAGCAGCAAGACCGCCUCAUGCCUCCGACCCGAAGCAGCGCGAUGGUACCAAGCGUGACGAGCGCCCGCGGCCGGACGAGAUCCGCCCCCACUGUCGCUACCCGCGCGAGGACGCAGGGGUCGAGGGAGGCCGCCGAGCGCAGACUCGUCGCGGACCUCGAGCUCGAGAACGCGCAGUGCAAGGUGCAGAUUGCCGACCUCGAAGAUGAGCUUGAAGCCAUGGAAGACACGGCCAAGGAGCUUGCAGAUGCACGGAAAAGCUUGACACAAGCAGCGAUCGAACGCAAGGAGGUCGAAGAUACGUGGAAGAAGCAGGUUCAAGCCCUCAAGAAGCGACUCAAAUCCAAGAAGAUCGCUCUCAAGAAGCAAGUCCAAACGCAACGCGCAAGUGUCGAGACGCUGACGACCUCCGUCGAAGCUGUACGUCAGCAACUUGCGGAUGAAAAGGGCCGCGUCGCCGACCUUGAACGGCAGCUUCAUGACGAAAAGUCCGCCAGCCGCUCGUGGAAGGAUCGUUUCGAACAACUUUCUGCGCGAAGCGCGACAGCGGAGCAAGAGGAGAAGGCAGACGCUCCCGACAGUGUCAGUACGACUGAACAGCAGCCCAGCCGUCAUUUUCCUGGCGCGAUUCCUACCCCUGCAUCUUGGGCCGCCACGCCUCAACGCAUCACGCGGCCACGACCAAGCUUCAGCGAUGAAGCCCCAGCCGGGCAGCGCCCUCGGCUCCACUCGCCCACCCGUCCCCCACCAGCUCCACAAGCACAAGCUGCGACUCCAAUCACGAUGCAACAAAGCACCCCGGCUUUGCUUCGGGACGUCGCGCCGGCGUCAACACAAGGCAACGUGCCCGUGCCGAUGACAACGGCUCCGAUGAACCCCCCCGUCGCUGAUGAGGCGCUGGACGAGAUUUGGCGCACGACGCUCCAGGACGAGAUGCAUGCGCGCACGCAGCGAGGCGCCGGCGCCGACCUCGUCGCCGAUUGGCACCGUGUCGCCCCAGCGUACAUCGCACUGCUGCCAUCACAGUCGGUGCCCGAGUCCUCCAGCCUCCAGCGCUUCGAGUGCUCGAUUUGCCUCGAGUCGUACGAGGUCGGGGAGGACGUGCUCACGCUGCCGUGUGCGCAUCUCGUUCACACAAUAUGCGGCACCGAAUGGCUCUCCCGGAACAACGCCUGUCCCUCGUGCACGACGCCGAUCGUAUCCUAAAUGUCCAAGUCCACGAGAUCGUAGUUACAUGACAAGUUGUCAUCUUACGUGUAGUGUCAUAAUAUUGUUUUCUCUUUUUCAU